CCUCAACUUCCACAAGCUUGACCCCGAUAAUCGCCCUUAUCCCACGGUGUUUCCCGUCUGUUCUCGGCGGUCAGUCCACUCUGAGCCAUCAUUGUCGACGUCGUCUUCUCCAAAAGCCCGCGGCUUCGUUGCCGGCGCCGCUUUCCCAGCCACCGCGUCGGCAGUUGAGCAACACGCGUUCACAGAUACCACCAGGUAUCUGGCCUCUAGUUGUUGAUUCACCGUCGAUACUUCAUAGUUCGAGCCUUGCUCUGAUCCAAUCGCCAUGGCUUUCCGUGCCUCUACGCGCUCUGCCUCUCUGCUGAGGAGUGCGCCUCAUCCCUGCCGGAACCUGACGCGUCGUCCAGUCCUCACCCAGUAUGGGCCAGCGUGCCAAUCGGCCCAUCCCAGGUUCAUUCAAUCGACUUCUUCUGAAUCGUCUAGGAAGAGUCAUCGGUUCAUACCCCUUCAGCUGCUGGCUCUCGGCGCCAUUCCCCUCUUGGCCGGAUAUCUGCUCGGACGAUCCGGUGCACCCGGCUUAGACACAGCUUCUCAAGGCAAGCUUUCUCAGGUAGACUUUGCAGACCGGAAGUAUAUGCUGCUUGCGGCUAAAGAAAUCUCGAAUGCCCUGGGCGACGACGCGCUCAGCUUCGACGAGGACGAGAUUGAGCUGCAUGGCCACUCGGACUGGUCAACGUCCAACUCGAGCGGUCGACCAGUGGCCAUUGUCUAUCCCAGGACGACGGAGGAGGUCUCCCAGAUCGCCAUGAUUUGCAACAAGCACAACGUGCCGAUGGUGCCGUUCGGUGCCGGAUCCUCGGUCGAGGGCAGCUUCUCAUCGCCCUACAGCGGGAUUUGCAUCGACUUUGUGCACAUGGACAAGAUCAUCGCUUUCCACCCCGACGACAUGGACGUCGUCGUCCAGCCCGGCGUGAACUGGGUGACGCUCAACAAGACCAUUCAAGACGCGGGCCUCUUCCUCCCGCUGGACCCCUCGCCAACGGCCAUGGUCGGCGGCAUGGUCUCGACCAACUGCAGCGGCACCAACGCCUUCCGCUACGGCACAAUGAAGGAUUGGGUCGUCAACCUCACCGUCGUGCUCGCCGACGGCCGCGUCGUCAAGACGAGGCGCCGCCCGCGCAAGAGCUCGGCCGGCUACAACCUCACCUCGCUCUUCGUCGGCGCCGAGGGCACCCUGGGCCUGGUCACCGAGGUGACGCUGAAGCUGGCCGUCGUGCCGCAGAACACGGGCGUCGCCGUCGUGUCGUUUCCGACCAUCGACGACGCGGCGAGGGCGGCGACGGGGCUGAUCCGCUCGGGCAUCCUGCUGGGCGCGCUCGAGUUCAUGGACGAGGUGCAGAUGCAGGUCAUCAACCGCCACGGCAGUGCGGCCGUCAGGAAGACGGCGUGGGAUGAGAAGCCGACCCUUUUCCUGAAGUUCUCGGGCACAACCGAUGGGAUCAAGGGGGAUAUAUCUCGCGUCAAGGACAUCGUGCAGCCGUUCAACCCGCGCAACAUCUUCUUCGCCAAAGACAAACAGGAGGAGGCCGACCUCUGGGCCGCGAGAAAGGAGGCCUUGUGGACAAUGACCUCCAUCAAACCCGAGGGGUACUCGCUGUGGUCCACCGACGUGGCGGUGCCGAUCUCGAGACUGGCCGAGAUCAUUACCUUAUCAAAGGAGGACUCUGGGAAGCUGGGCCUGUUCGCGAGCGUCAUCGGCCACGUCGGCGACGGCAACUUCCACCAGGCCGUCAUGUACGACCCCAAAAACGAGGGACAGCGGGCCGCGGUCGCCAAGUGCGUCCACGACAUGAUGAGCCGGGCUCUGGAGAUGGAGGGGACGGUUUCGGGGGAACACGCAAUUGGCAUUGGAAAAAAGGACUGCCUUGUGGACGAACUCGGUGGUGAUGCGAUCGACUUGAUGAAGACGUUGAAACAGGCGGUAGAUCCCAAAUGGAUCAUGAACCCGGGCAAGGUCUUUGAUCUGCCCGCAGGUUCCAAAGCCGUCGCAGCCUCGUAGCCGACUCCACGACAACCCAACUGAGGAGGGGUGGCGGACCAAUGUUCUGAACGAAUGGUUGGAGAUCAUCCAGUAAUGUCAUCAUUGCUGCUCGGAAAAGAGAGUUCUCUGCGCGUUGCGCGUUGGUCACGACUCAGUGACCAACAUGCAAACCGGUUCGAAAAGACGGCCUGAAACGCGCAUCUAUCCUGCGUCUGCGGGGGUUCUCGUCGCAGUUCGCUGCAGCCAGCACAACAACGUGGGGGGUUCGGUCCUGGACAGCGCCCGCCCGUCUUGUUGUUGCUGUGCUGUUCUGUUCUAUUUGCGUGCCUUGAAGCCUCGAGGAGGCCAUCCAUCUUUUGCGGGUUGGUCGGGAUAUUCAAGCCAAGAGGCCCAACGGGUCUGUUCCCUACCAACAGAGUUUCAGCUGUGCUCACUGUCUGUCGACGUUAAUGUCCAACUCUGUGAAGCCAACUUGCAAGCCAGCCCUUUUUUUGGGUCCGAUAGCUGUUGUCUGUUGAUUGCUCUAUACUACAACUCCGAGGCGUUUCUUGGUAACUCACAUUGGGAAAGUGUUUGCGCUGGAUCUUGAGAUGUACGUAGGCAGUUGUGAACAGCGCCAGAUGAGUUGAUCCUGAUCCUGGUCAUUACACGGGGCUGGAUCACCAGACUCUUUACGCCUGC